AUGAACAAACGUUUUCUUGUCUUUUCCUUGUUAUUAUUAACCCUCUUCUUAAUCAGCGGUUUCUUCUCCACAACUUCUACAUCAAAUGUUGUUUCCGCUGAAUCAGUUGCUCUCCUCGAUGGAACUGAAGAAGAAAUGACACUUGACAGUCUUGACACUGCCGAGGCAUCAACUGAAUCAAAUACUGAAAAUUCCGAAGGUGAGGAAGAAGAAGAAGCUGCUCUUGAACAAAAUCUUGAAGCAGAAACUUUGAGUGAUGAAGGAGAAGUUUUGGAUACACUUGAUUCUUUACCAACUGAUGAAAGUUCUAAUUUUGAAAAUAUUGAUGAAGAUAAUAUGGAAGAUAUUGGUGAGGAUGAUGAGGAUAUUAAUGAAGAUGAAGCUUAUUAA